CUACACUGGAUAGCAUAAAACCCAGCGCGAAACCGCCGAGUAGCCUCUCGUUUCUACAAUCAUCUUACUCAAGCAUAAGACAAGGACUUCAUUCCGACAAUGUCAACCACUACUCUCCAGCCGAUCAAGCUCUACGGAGGGAUACUGGGUCCCAAUCCCUUGAAGAUUGGCAUUAUCCUUUCUGUCCUCGAAUUGCCUUAUGAAGCUGUGCCCGUACCCUUCGGCGAGAUCAAGGCUCCUGUAUAUGAAGCAAUCAAUCCAAACGGCCGUCUGCCUUCCAUCCAUGACCCCAACACCAAUCUCACGAUCUGGGAAAGCGGCGCUAUUGUCGAAUAUCUCAUCGAACGUUACGACACCAAGGAGCCCCGGAAGAUCAGCUUUACUCCGAGAAGCGCAGAAGCGGAGCUUGCCCGGUCUUUCCUCUACCUCCAGGUCUCGGGCCAGGGCCCUUACUAUGGACAGGGCUAUUGGUUUAAGGCCUAUCAUCAUGAGAAACUUCCCAGCGCUGUCGAUCGCUAUGUCAACGAGGCCAAGCGUGUCACUGGCGUACUUGAUCAAUGGCUGGCGAAGCAAAAGGAGGCUCACAAGGACAGCCUUGGGGAUGGUCCUUGGCUAGUGGGCAACAAGCUAUCCUUUGCAGACCUAGCAUUUAUUCCCUGGCAGAAGAUUGCGCACAUGGCAUUCGUCGAACAUGGAUUCGAUCCGGAAGAGUUCCCACAUGCGAAGGAGUGGCUAGAGCGCAUGAGCACGAAGACACCCAUUCAAGCAGUGCUGGACUCUGCGGCUGAGCAAAUGGCGAAACAUACUCAGAAACAAGACAAAUGAUGAUACUAGUUGCUACGGGUGGAUUGGGAAUGUACGGAGUAUACAAGACUAUAGACACAAGUUAAACUAGCAAAGGAGCAAAAUGGAGAGUGGUUGCUAGAGAGAUAAAGUGAGCAUGCAGUCCCACUACUCCCUUCUGGUUUGGAAGUAUGACAUAGAAACCUACCUCGUAGGCACUUACUAGGUCAUAGUUACCCUAAUAGAAAGGGAGAUAUUCUUGUUUCCAUCAUAUUUCCAUCAUCCUGUCAGUACUACUACUACUACUGCUACCUUCCCACACCCAGCUCGUCGUGCAAUCCUCUAAACACACUUAACACUCACUCCCUUUACAACUAACUAUACAGUACAGAUGCACAUAUUAUUAAAAUAAGUAAAAAAAAAACAUACAACAGUCAGGAUUCGCAUGUGGUCACCCA